AUGCUGCGCCACCUCCCGGGACUGCUCCUGCUGCUCUGGCCGCUGCUGCUGCUGCCGCCGCCGACCCCCGCCGCCCCCGGCCCCCUGGCCCGCCCGGGCUCGCGGAGGCUGGGGAUGCGCGGCCCAGCGGGCAGCCCCGGGCGCCGCCCUGCCCCCGCUGCCCCCACCGGCGCGCCCUAUUCCGGGACCGGCCAGCCCGGCGGGGCCCGCGGCGCAGGUGUUUGCAAGAGCAAGCCCUUGGACUUGGUGUUUAUCAUUGAUAGCUCUCGCAGUGUGCGGCCCCUAGAGUUCACCAAGGUGAAAACCUUUGUCUCCCAGAUAAUCGACACUCUGGACAUUGGGGCAGCAGACACACGGGUGGCGGUGGUGAACUAUGCUAGCACUGUGAAGAUUGAGUUCCAUCUCCAGACCCACUCGGAUAAGCAGUCGCUGAAGCAGGCUGUGGCCAGGAUCACACCCUUGUCUACAGGCACCAUGUCGGGUCUGGCUAUCCAGACAGCGAUGGAUGAGGCCUUCACGGUGGAGGCAGGAGCCCGGGGGCCCACAUCCAACAUCCCUAAGGUGGCCAUCAUUGUGACAGACGGAAGACCUCAGGACCAGGUGAAUGAGGUGGCCGCUCGGGCCCGGGCAUCUGGUAUUGAGCUCUAUGCUGUGGGCGUGGACCGGGCAGACAUGGAGUCCCUCAAGAUGAUCGCCAGUGAGCCCCUAGAUGAGCAUGUUUUCUAUGUGGAGACCUAUGGGGUCAUCGAGAAACUUUCCUCUAGAUUCCAGGAGACCUUUUGUGCCCUGGACCCGUGUGCACUUGGCACACACCAGUGCCAGCACGUGUGCAUCAGUGAUGGGGAAGGCAGAUACCACUGUGAGUGUAGCCAAGGAUAUUCCCUGAACGCCGAUAUGAAGACAUGCUCAGCUACCAAUAAGUGUGCUCUUAACACUCAUGGAUGUGAACACAUCUGUGUGAAUGAUAGAACUGGCUCUUAUCACUGUGAGUGCUAUGAAGGUUACACCUUGAAUGAAGACAAGAAAACAUGUUCAGCUCAAGAUCAAUGUGCUUUUGGUACACAUGGCUGUCAGCACAUUUGUGUGAAUGACAGAGGUGGGUCUCAUCACUGUGAAUGCUACGAAGGCUACACUCUGAACGCAGAUAAUAAAACGUGUUCUGUUCUCAGCAAGUGUGCUCUGGGCUCUCACGGCUGCCAGCACAUCUGUGUGGACGACGGGGCAGCGGCCUAUCACUGCGAGUGUUAUGCCGGCUACACCUUGAAUGAAGACAGGAAGACGUGCUCAGCCAUUCAAGAAGCACGAAGACUCAUCUCCACAGAAGAUGCUUGUGGAUGUGAAGCCACUCUGGCAUUCCAGGAUAAGGUCAACUCCUAUCUGCAGAGACUGAACGCCAAACAUAUCCUUUCUGGAAGGUUUUCUGCUUCUGCUUUAAGCCACUCUCGGUAG